AUGAUGUAGAAUAAUGAUAAGUUACUCUUUAGGCUCUAGGUUCAUAUAAGCAUUGAAUAUAUAAGAUUUUCGGUUGAAAGAAAAGUAUAAUUAGAAAUCUAAAUUCAAGAAUAAAAAGACACAAUUAAAGAUGCUCUUUCUUAGAUUGAAUUCUACACUUUAAAUUCUAAAAUAAUAAAGAAUAACUUGUUUAUAAAUAAGUAUGUUCUAUUGACUAAUUAUAAAUCAAUUAAAAAUAAAUUGUGUAAAAGAUGA